AUGAUUGCUUUGCUUUGCUUUGCUUCAGAUGAGGUAAUUAAGUACUUCCUCAGUCGCUUGAAAAUCUCUCUCUGGGGGCUGGUCCCUGGAAGAGGGGUACCUAGACUCCUAAGGGAGACCUUAGACAAAUUCCUGCCUCCAAAUGCCCACGAGCUGGUGUCUGGAAAGCUGCACAUUAUCCUCACCCGCCUGCACGACUGGAGAUGCGUGACAGUGUCCGAGUUUGCCUCGAAGGAGGAGCUGAUUCAGGCUGUGAUGUGCAGUUGCUUCCUCCCACUGUAUUUUGGGAUUUUCCCUCCAACGUUCCGUGGGGUGCGCUACGUGGACGGGGAGCUGGCCAUGUGGAAAGCCGACUUCGUGUCCCGCACCACCAUCACCAUCUCUGGCUUCGCCGGCGAAUACGACAUCUGCCCCAAGGAUGGCCCCGCUGCCUUCUUGACCUUCCAGCUCUCUGACUGUAUCUUACAGAUCUCAAAAAUGAACAUCUGCCGCUUACAGCACAUUUUUCAGGUUCCCACACGUCAGGUCAUGGACCGCUUUUAUAUCCAGGGCUACCAGGACAUGGUCUCCUUCCUAAAAAGACUGAGGGAUUUCCAGGUGAAUUACUUCGAGGGCUUCACACUUUCCUUGGCCAAUGAAUCAAAUCAGAAAGGUGACGAGACCCUGCACCGGAAGCCUCGACUGAGUGUUUUUCACUCCAGAGCCACAGAUCAUGAGGGUGACACCAAAGAGAGUCCAGGAAUCCGCCAGGCAGCAGAUGAAGAAGAAUAGGAAGCCCCACACCACCUUCUCCACCCCCAGGAAGGGCCAGGUCGGCCACAGAAGAGCAUUUCUGAGCCCGCUGCUGCCUUUGGCCCCAGUUUCUGCUUUAAAAAGGCAAUGAGCAACUUGGA